AUGAAAUCAGAACUAGAUAGCGAAGACUACACGAGCUCGGAGGAGGAUAGCUACUACACGAGCUCGGACGACGAUGACUACUCUACGGACUCAGAGGAAGAUUACUACAGCGACAACGGCACAGAUAAAGCAACCUAUGGAGGCUUCAGCACUGGGGAACACAAGCACCAAUUGAGGUUACCCAGCGACGGCGGCAUCCGGUAUAUCAACUCCCCUAGACCCAGCAAAAAAACUGUCAGCUUCAAACCCGUCGAAGUCCAACCCUUCAGGCACACGAGGCUGAAACGCCCAGAAAAGGAAUUGCGACUCAUCAAAGUCGAGAGCUGGAAAGGCACCGGCCCUAUACGAUGUUCGAUGAAAGCUUUCAACCGUAAGGUCGCGAGUAAACGAACUUUUCGCGCACUGUCGUACCACUGGGGCUCACCCUCGCCAUCAUUCACCAUCCAUAUCAACGAUCGCUCGUUCUCCAUCGGCAAGAACUUGUAUGAAUUCCUGGAGCACGCCGCAAAGAUGAAGGCAGCCCGUGUUUCAGGAUGGGCGACAGGGACAUACUGGAUAGACGCAUUAUGCAUCGAUCAACAGCACGAAGUAGAGAAAGCCACGCAGCUUGCAUACAUGCGGCAUGUAUACAGACGAGCUUCCGAGACGAUCAUAUGGUUGGGUCCCGGGGGCGCUGGCGUAGCACAAGCCAUGCAGUACAUCAAGUCACAAUCGCACGCUGUGAAGAAGGCACUCUCCCAGGACAACAUGAGUGUACUUCUUACCGGUAGCCGCGACGAUUUGCUGGAUGACAGGAACCUCGUAAAAGCUAUAGGAGUGCUUCUGAGCAGUCCUUAUUGGGAUCGGGUAUGGAUCUUACAGGAGAUUGCAGUAUCCGACAAGGUGCGGCAGACGACAGGUUCGACGCGGGAACGAGUUCGUAUGGUUUGUGGCGAGGGCGAAGUUGCCUGGUCGAAGUUUCUUCAAUACGCGAUUUGCAUACCGCUGCUGGACUUCCGCCAUGACGAAGAGUACAAGGUUGCUGCGGUGCAGAGACGGUUGAAGAAGAAACAAGCUGUGUGGCUGAUAUCCUACCUCCACGGGGCUCACAAUAACACAGUCCCUGGAUUGGAGGUGAUCGACAAAGCGCAAGUGACUUUGGGUCUUCUGAUCUAUCUUUCGGAGCGUUCGCAGUCAUCACGAAGUCAAGAUUAUAUAUACUCAUUGUUGGGUCUGGUCAAGCACGGUCCCGGCAAAGACUUGACACCCUCAAGCAAUCGAUCCGGGUGCCAGGUCAUCUGUCAAGCGAUAAGACGGCUGAUGGAUCAAGGAAGAAUCUUCGACGGGGAACAAAGUCACUAUGGUAGGGCUGAGUAUUACCAGGCUCGACUGAGGAAGCUGGCGGCGAAGGCAAAACACCAACCCCUAGUAAUAGGCUCCAAGAUCGAUGCAAAACGAAAACGUUGCUCGGGUCCCUACUACCAUGGUUGCGAAGAUUCUUGCGAUGCACUGGACGUGUGUCGCCAAAUGGCCGGAGCACUGUAUGCAGGUAGGACAUUACUGAUUGUCCGAUUUGCGGGACAGUCACUUGAGAUCGGGCGCGAUAAGACCGAUCGCAGACCUUUGAGCAAAAAUCAGCUAUACAAAAAUCAGCUAUGA